AUGUCGACCCAGGCCCAUGCAAAGACGGACCGGGAGCUCGCCGUCAACAUCCAGAAAGCGACCAACCCCGAGGAGACGGCGCCGAAACGCAAGCAUGUGCGUAGCUGCAUUGUCUACACAUGGGACAACAAGUCGUCGCUGGCCUUCUGGGCCGGUAUGAAGGUGUAUGUCUCUGCUGAUGCGCCAGUCAGAUCGAUCCAGCCGGUCCUCGCCGACGAAGUCCAGACGUUCAAGGCCCUCAUCACCGUGCACAAGGUCCUGCAGGAGGGCCACCCGAUCGCGCUCAAGGAAGCCAUGGCCAACCGUGGAUGGAUUGAGUCGCUUGGCCGCGGGUCCGAGGGCAUGCGCGGCUACGGCCCCCUGAUCCACGAAUACGUGCGCUACCUGCUGGCCAAGCUCGCCUUCCACCACCAGCACCCCAACUUCAACGGCACGUUCGAGUACGAGGAGUACCUGUCGCUCAAGCUGAUCAACGACCCGAACGAGGGCUACGAGGUCAUCUCCGACCUCAUGUCCCUGCAAGACAAGAUCGACACGUUCCAGAAGCUCAUCUUUGCGCACUUCCGCCACUCUGCCAACGAGUGCCGCAUCUCGGCCCUUGUGCCCCUCGUGCAGGAGAGCUACGGCCUGUACAAGUUUGUCACGAGCAUGCUGCGCGCCAUGCACCAAUAUUUUGUUGAGGUGCCAAGGCUGCUGGUUGGCAACAUUGUCUCACACUCACGUCUUCCUUCCCCUCGCACAGCGACUGGCGACGACGAAGCUCUUCAGCCCCUCCGCGAGCGUUACGAUGCCGAACACUACCGCCUCGUCAAGUUCUACUACGAGUGCGCCAACCUCCGCUACCUCACAUCGCUCAUCACCGUCCCGAAGUUGUCGGCCGAUCCCCCCAACCUGUUGGCAGACGAUGCCACCGCGCCCGCCCUCCCUGCGCGCCCCAAGCAAGAGAUCGAGCGUGCCCCCUCCCCACCACCGGCCGAGCCCAAGUCCGACGAGCCCGACGAGAUGUCCGAAUUCUGGAAGAGCGAGCUGGAGCGCCAGAACCAGGAGUUUGCCGACCAGCAGCGCGUGCUCGAAGAGCGGGCGCAGCAGCAGGCCCUGGCGCAGCAGCAGGCCGCCCUCCGCGCCCAGCAGGAAUUUGAAGAGCAGCAGCGCCUCCUGGCCGAGCAGCAGCGACGCGAGCAAGAAGCGCUGGCGGCACAGCAGUCGCAGUGGCAGACGCAGGGCCGCCUGGCCGAGCUGGAGCGCGAGAAUUUGAACGCGCGCGCCCAGUACGAGCAGGACCAGCUGCUGCUGCAGCAGUACGAUGCCCGCGUCAAGGCGCUGGAGGGCGAGCUGGCGAACCAGCAGGAGAAUGCGAACCGCCAGCAGGGCGCAAAGGACGACCAGAUCCGCGCGCUGCAGGAGCAGGUCAACACGUGGCGGUCCAAGUACGACGCACUCGCCAAGCUGUACGCGCAGCUGCGCCACGAGCACCUGGACCUGCUGCAGAAGUUCAAGACGGUGCAGCUCAAGGCGGCGUCGGCACAGGAGGCCGUGGACCGACGCGAGAAGCUGGAGCGCGAGCUCAAGACGAAGAACCUGGAGCUCGCCGACAUGAUCCGCGAGCGCGACCGCGCCUUCCACGACCGCGACCGGCUCAAGGGCUCCAACAAGGACGACGUCGAGCGUCUGCAACGCGAGCUGCGCAUGGCGCAGGACAAGGCCGACAACUUGGAGCGGUCCAAGGGCAACGAGCUCUCGACCAUGGUGUCCAAGUACCACCGGGAGCUGGCGGAUCUCGAAGAGGCGCUGCGCCUGAAGAACGUGGCCCUCGAUGAGGCCCGCGGCCAGCUCAGCAACGGCUCGACGGAUCUCGAGCGCGCCCUGCGCGACAAAGAGGACGAGCUGGCCGUCUACAAGGCCGGCAUGGACCAGGCCCUGGAGGAGCUGGAGGUCCUCAAGGAGGGACAGUCCGCCGACCACGAAAUUGACACGCUCCUCGUGGGCAAGCUGGACGACCUGAUCGAUGCCGUCCUCGAUGCCGCCGCCGCCCGCGUCGACGACUCCCUCUACGAGCUCGACUCGACCCUCCACGCCGGCAACCCGUCGGCCCUCCCUCCCUACCUCAUGUCCCAGGUCGAAAAGGCGUCGUCGGCCGCCAUGGAGUGUGCCACGGCCUUCAACAACUACAUUGCCGACGGCCCCAACACGCCGCCAGCGGCGCUCGCCGACCUGCCCAAGAACAUCUCGACGCUUGCCAGCUCGGUGGCCGACCUCGUGCCCAGCGUCAAGGGCAUUGCGCGGCGCACGACCGACGACGACAAGCUCAUCAACGCCGCGCGCGUCGCCGCGCAGGCCACGGCGCGCUUCUUCCGCAAUUUGCAGAGCUGGCGCCUGGACGGCCUCGACGCGAUCCAGAAGACGGAUGUGGUGAUCAACGGCAACAACGAUGUGCAGCUGACGCUGCAGGCGCUCAACAAGCUGGUGGAUGUUCUGCCGCGCGGCUUCACGCUCGGCAAGGGCGGCGACCCGGGCGAGAUUGUGGAGAAGGAGCUGGCCAAGGCGGCGGACGCGGUCAAGGCGGCGGCGGCGCGCCUGGCGGCGCUGCGCAACAAGCCGCGGGACCCCUUUGCGGCGUACAAGGUCGAGGUGCACGAGGCCAUUCUGGACGCGGCGGGCGCGGUGACGUCGGCCGUGGCCGAGCUCGUGCGCGCGGCGGCGGCGGCGCAGGCGGACAUUGUGCAGGCGGGCCGGGGCGCGCAGUCGCGGACGGCGUUCUACAAGAAGAACAACCGCUGGACCGAGGGCCUGAUCUCGGCCGCCAAGGCGGUGGCGGCGUCGACCAACACGCUCAUCGAGACGGCCGACGGCGUGCUGUCGAACCGCAACAGCCCCGAGCAGCUGAUUGUGGCGUCCAACGACGUGGCGGCCAGCACGGCGCAGCUGGUGGCGGCGAGCCGCGUGCGCGCCGUGGGCGGCCUGGCGAGCCGCACGCAGGAGGCGCUCGAGGUGGCGAGCAAGUCGGUGGGCGCGGCGUGCCGGUCGCUGGUGCGGCAGGUGCAGUCGCUGCUGAAGCCCGAGUCGGACGAGGCGGUGGACUACUCGAAGCUGGGCUCGCACGAGUUCAAGGUGCGGGAGAUGGAGCAGCAGGUCGAGAUCCUGCAGCUGGAGAACGCGCUGUCGUCGGCGCGGCGGCGGCUGGGCGAGAUGCGCAAGAUUUCGUACCAGGAAGAGUAA